ACCACAAUACCACUACAAAACUUGUUAUAUUCACACCAUCUCUUCAAUCUCUAUCUGAAAUUGAUAUAGCACGUAUAAAUCUUACAUUUCAUCCAUGGCGCCGGCGGCAAUAUCGUCUUCAGUUUCUUCUGGAUUAAGCGAUGAGAACAGCUACGCGGACAUUGAUUGGGACACAUUAGGAUUUGGGCUAACAAGUACAGAUUACAUGUACAAGAUGAAAUGUUUCAAAGAUGAGGAAUUUACGGAAGGUAAACUAAUUCCAUAUGGAAACAUCGAGCUGAGUCCUGCUGCUUGUGUUUUGAAUUAUGGCCAGGGUUUAUUUGAAGGAUUGAAGGCAAUGAGGAGAGAAGAUGGGAAGGUUGUUUUAUUCCGACCUGAUGAAAAUGCGUUACGUAUGAGAAUAGGUGCCGAAAGAAUAUGUAUGCCUUCGCCUUCAGUUGAUCAAUUUAUUGAUGCAGUUAAACAAACUGCUCUUGCUAAUAAACAUUGGAUUCCUCCACCAGGGAAAGGUUCAUUAUACAUUAGACCUUUGCUCCUAGGAAUUGGGGCAAUCCUAGGUGUGGCUCCGGCUCCCGAGUACACAUUCCUUAUCUAUGCUUCUCCAGUUCGUAACUAUUUUAAGGAAGAGAGUGCUGCAUUGAAUUUGUAUGUUGAGGAUCAGUUUGAUCGUGCUUCUCGUGGUGGUGCUGGUGGGGUGAAAUCAAUUACCAACUAUGCGCCAGCUAUGAAACCAUUGGCAAAAGCGAAAAACAAUGGUUAUUCGGAUGUCUUGUAUCUUGAUUCCUCGACUGGGAAAUAUAUAGAGGAGGUCUCUGCUUGUAAUAUAUUUAUGGUUAAGGACAAAAUAAUCUCUACUCCACCAACAAAAGGCACAAUUCUCCCAGGAGUGACUAGAAAAAGCAUGAUCGAAAUUGCUCGAGAACAAGGUUUUAAGGUUGAGGAGCGGCAGAUUGCGGUGGAUGAAUUGCUCGAAGCAGAUGAAGCUUUCUGCACCGGAACUGCUGUUGUGGUUGUACCCGUGGGUAGCAUAACAUACCAAGGCAAAAGGGUAGAAUACGGAACAACAAACACCAGUUCAAUGUAUAAGAAACUCUCGUCAAUAUAUGUUGGUAUUCAAAAUGGUCAGAUUGAAGACAAGAAGGGUUGGAUAGUCGAAAUUAAUUAACUAGGGUAUAUAUAUUUUCAUAUUAUUGCUUGUUUCAUUAAUAUGAAAUUGAAAAUGUUAUUUGUAGUUUAUUUGAUCAAAGUAUUAAUUGUGUUUUGCAAGUAUAAUUCAUAGUUUCCAAAGAAUAUUGCAGACAUUAGUUAAGCAUUCAAUAUAAUGCACUAGAAGAUUUUAUAAAUUUAACCGAUUAACCCCAAGAGUUGGUACAUGCCCUAAUAGACAGCUAUUUACUCCAUUGGGUGUUAUUGAGUUUUUCUAAGAAAGUGCAUCUUUAUCCUUUAACCUUUUCCGGUCAACAACCAUCACAUGUCUACUUCACAAGUCACAACCUACCCUUCUAGUGAAUACUUGAAAUAAAUACUAAUGCAUUUGACAAGCGUGAAAUGAAAGUGUUGCAAAUAAAUAAAAAAAGGAAAAAAAAAGAGAAAUAAUAAAGUGUAUGUACCAUCAUGAGCACUAUCAUUUUAUAAUAAAACGUGAAAUGAAAGUAUGCAAAUAGAAAAAAUAGAGAAAUAAUAAAGUAUGUACCAUCAUGAGCACUAUGCACCCGGAUGCACCAACUACUCCAAACAGUCCUUAUUUUCUCCAAACAAAA